AGUGUGCGUGAGCGCAUUUCAGGCUCCAUUACCGAGUGAGGAGGGGGAAAAUCCCAUUCUUUCGAGCUGAGUCACGACUGAGUCGAGCUGUGAAAGAGAGAGGGAGACAGAGAGAGAGAGAGAGAGAUAAAGAGAGAGAGAGAGAGAGAGAGAGAAGAAGAAGAAGAAGAAGAAGAAGAAGAGAGAGAGCUCCGCACUGCGACGCGUUUUUCUCCGUACAUUUUCAUCGAACACGAGCAAAGCAGCCGGAACUUUGAGCCAGAGCGGAUGCGUACUGUAAGCUCUAAAUUGUUUUUGUUGCAUUGCCCGCUAUCUGACAAGUAAAGUAACCAUUUAAAAACCGUGCAAGAAUGUCGGAGAAAGACACAGGGCCGAGCUCUUCAGCAAAGGAGCAAGCAAGCGAACCCAGAGAGAGCCAGAACCCUGAAGCCAAGGGAAUAGAUGCCAUGGGCAUUCUUUGGACUUUUGGCAAAUGUCUCACAGCUUUGUUGCCAGUUUACCUGGCCGGAUAUUACCGAGUGAGCAGCAGUCUGUUGGUGUUUGGACUCGCGCUAUACUCGGGGUGGAAACACACUCGGGAAGCCAAAGAGGCGAGGUUGAGGUCCGCCAUACAGCUGCUGAACGAAGAGCAUGAAUCAUCCAGCGGCGUGUACAGAAGCCAAAAAGACCUACCUGCUUGGGUCAAUUUCCCAGAUGUGGAGAAGGUUGAAUGGCUUAAUAAGGUCAUCCAGCAAGCAUGGCCAUUUAUUGGUCAGUACUUGGAGAAGUUGCUAACAGACAGCAUUGCACCAUCCAUCCGAGCAUCCAGUGUACACCUGCAAACCCUCAGCUUCACUAAAAUUGACUUUGGUGACAAGGCUAUGAAGGUUGUAGGAGUGAAGGCUCAUACCGAGAACGAAAAAGGACAUGUACUAUUGGAUGUCUACAUCAGCUAUGUGGGGGAUGUAGAGAUAAAUGUGGAGGUGAAGAGGUAUUUCUGUAAAGCUGGAGUGAAAGGGAUACAGCUGAGUGGUAUGAUGAGAGUGAUUUUGGAGCCUUUGAUCGGAAAUGUGCCCAUUGUAGGAGCGCUCACUAUGUUCUUCAUCCGUAGGCCUAAGCUGGACAUCAACUGGACUGGUCUAACCAACCUAUUGGACAUUCCAGGACUCAACUUGAAGUCAAACACUAUGAUAAUGGAUGCCAUUGCCUCCUUUCUGGUGCUGCCUAACCGCCUCACCAUCCCAUUAGUGGAGAAUCUACCAGUGGCACAGCUUCGCUCCCCUUUGCCCAGGGGUGUGGUCCGUAUUCACCUGUUGGAAGCUGAUAGAUUGGCUGCUAAGGAUAACUAUGUGAAGGGUGUGAUGUCAAGCAUGUCUGACCCUUAUGCUUUGAUAAGAGUGGGGCCACAGACCUUCAGAUCCCACCACAAAGACAACACAGACAGCCCAAAAUGGGGUGAGGUAUAUGAGGUAAUUGUUCAUGAAGUCCCUGGUCAGGAGUUGGAGGUAGAAGUGUAUGAUAAAGAUCCAGACCAGGAUGACUUCCUGGGAAGAACUAAGAUGGAUUUGGGAAUAGUGAAGAAGGCUAAAAUUGUUGAUGAGUGGUUCACUUUGAAGGAUGCUCCUACAGGGCGUGUUCACCUCAGACUGGAAUGGCUGACAUUGCAGGACAACACUGAUACUCUGGAGCAGGUUCUGAAAAGAAAUGAAACAGUUCCGAGUAAUACUGCACAUCCCCCCUCAUCAGCCAUCUUGACAGUGUAUUUGGAUAAGGCCGAGGCGCUUCCUAUGAAAAAAGGCAGUAAAGAUCCCAGUCCAAUGGUGCAGCUUUCUGUGCAGGACAUAACCCAAGAAAGCAGAACCUGCUGGAAUACGGUUAAUCCUGUGUGGGAAGAUGCCUUCACAUUCUUCAUCCAAGAUCCACACAAACAUGACAUUGAUAUCCAGCUGAAAGAUAAUGACCGUGUACAGCCCCUGGGCAACCUGUCCCUCCCUCUCUCUCGCCUUCUGUCUAGCCCUCAGCUCAGCCUGGAUCAGUGGUUUCAGCUGAAUCAUUCUGGCCCAGCCAGUCGUAUUCACAUCAACACUAUACUCAGGGUGCUCUGGAAUGAUGAAAGUGCUGUAUCCGCCUCCCUUCUCUCGAGUGAUCUGUCUUCUUCAAGACCUCAACAUACCUCCCCUGAUGACAGUUUUGGCACUGAGGGGGUGCUGCGUAUUCACCUGCUGGAGGGACAGAAUUUGAUACCCAAGGACAACUUGAUGGGGGGCAUGGUGAAGGGGAAGAGUGACCCCUACAUCAUCAUCAAUAUUGGGUCCAGCACCUUUAAAAGCCGUGUGAUUAAGGAUACCCUCAACCCCACCUGGAACGAGAUGUAUGAGGUGGUAUUGACUGAUCUCCCUGGUCAAGACUUAUCAUUAGAGAUAUUUGACAAAGACAUAGACAUGAAAGAUGACUUCAUGGGCAGACUGAAGAUCAAGCUAAGUGACAUUAUUACAUCCAAACAUAUGGAUGAGUGGUUUACUCUGAGUGACGUGAAACAUGGCCGUGUUCAUCUGAGUCUGGAGUGGCUGCACGGAGUAACCCAGUCGGAUAAACUGCAACAGGUGUUGCAGUACCAGUCUAAGAGCUCCUACAUGAACAAGGCAGUACCUGCUGUGGCCUUGUUGUUCGUAUAUCUGGAGGCUGCCCAUGAUGUUCCUUUAAAGAAGAGUGGCAAAGAGCCUAAGGUUGGUGCUGAACUUGUUCUAGCAGGGACCACACACAAAACCACGGUGUGUGAUCGUACGAGCUCACCCCAGUGGAAUGAGGCCUUUCAUUUUGUGGUUCAUGACCCCAAGAAGGAGGAACUUAUUGUGAAGUUGUCACACUGCUGGGACUUCUCACUUGGCUCUGUGGUGAUUCCUAUAAGAGAGCUUCUCUCCCAACCAAAUCUGCUGCUGGACCAAUGGCUAAAUUUGGAUGGAGCUUCACCUCAGAGUCAGAUCCUGCUGAGGGCACAGCUUAAGAUCCUGUGCCCUAAAGUGACAGAGGGUUCCACAGAGAACACAGAGACUGCUGUACCGAAGACCACCUCCAAGGACAGCAAACCCGAGGAAGAGCUAGUUCAAAAGUCAAGUGAGCUAUUGGUUCCCAUCACUAUAACCUCUUCUGUAACUGCUCCUGAUAAAAAUGGAAAGGAGAAAGUGAAGGAGAAAGAGAAGGAGACUGAGAAACCUCCAGAGGACAUCUCCUCAAGUGAUGUUCAACCUCCACAUACGAGCCCAGAUCCCAACUUUGGCACUGAGGGCGUACUGCGUAUCCACCUGCAGGAAGCUCAGAAUUUGAUUGCGAAAGACAACCUUAUGGGGGGCAUGGUGAAGGGGAAAAGUGAUCCCUAUGUUAAGAUCACCAUUGGAAACAACACCUUUAAGAGUCAUGUCGUUAAGGAGAAUCUCAACCCCACCUGGAAUGAGAUGUAUGAGCUGGUUUUGGCCUCUGAGGCAGUUUCAGAAGUCUGCAUAGAGGUGCUUGAUAAGGACAUUGAUAAAGAUGAUUUUCUAGGAAGGUUCCACAUCAGCUUGAGUGAAAUAAUUCAGGCUCAAUACAUUGACCAGUGGUUUACUCUGGAUGAUGUGAAACAUGGAUGCCUUCAUCUGGUUCUGGAGUGGCUCCCCAAAGUAACAGAGCCAGAUAAACUGAAACAGGCACUGCAGUUACAAUCCAGCUCCUAUGAGAAUAAAGCCUCACCCUCUGCAGCCUUGCUGUUUGUUCUUAUUGAGAAAGCUCAUGCACUGCCAAUGGUGAAGGGUGGGAAGGAGCCUAAAGCUGGAGCAGAGCUUGUAGUCACUGGAACCUCUUAUAAAACCAAGUUGUGUGAUCGCUCUACCUCUCCUCAUUGGGGUGAGAUUUUCCACUUCCUGAUUCAUGAUCCCAGAGAAGACGUUCUUAUUAUUAAGCUCUCCAGUGGGUGGGAUCAGCCACUGGGUUCCCUGGUUCUACCAAUUAAAGAGCUUCUGUCACAAGAAGGAAUGCUGCUGGACCAGUGGCAAAAUCUGGAUGGUGCUUCCCCUGAAAGUCAAAUCCUACUCAGAGCAGAACUCAAGAUUUUGGCAUCAAAGAUAGACAGAAAAGGCGAAAAAUCUACUGAAAAAAAUACAGAAAAACAUCCUGAAAAGUCUAUUGAAAAGACACUGGAAAAGCCUGUGGAAAAACCUAUUGGAAAAUCUCCUGAAAAGUCUAAUGAACCUGCAGAACAGGCUACAAAAAAGUCAACAGAAAGCUCUGUGGGUGCAAACAACUCUACUGGUGGGCAAAGUGGCAAGAAAACACCAAUCAAUGCUGAGCAAUUGUUGACAACAGCCAAUAAAGAGAUAAAACAAGAGACCAAGCCAACACCAAGGCUCAAUGAACUAGUGGCUUCUACAGUACCAGUACCUGUAUCAGUUUCUGAAGACACACAGAAAGUACUGGCAGCAGAUAUCACUCAUGACACAGGACAUGAGACAAAGGAUUUGAGUAAAGCGUCCUCAGUGGGAGGAGCCAGUAAGACUGUGAAACCAAUCACAAUAAGCGAUUCAGCAUGUACAACCAAUAAUGAGCAACACUUGGAUAAGGCAGCUGAUAAUUCUCAUGAAAAGGUUUAUCCAACUGUUCCUGCUGCUGAAAAAAAUACAGAAAUAGCACGUGUGCUACCACAACACACAUGUUCUUACCCUGGCUUUGGCACCCAGGGGGUGCUGCGUAUUCAUCUGUUGGAGGCUCAGAAUUUGAUUGCUAUGGACAGUUUGAUGGGUGGUAUGGUGAAGGGAAAGAGUGACCCCUAUGUGAAGAUCAGUGUUGGAACCACAACCUACAAAAGUCAUGUGAUCAAAGAGAACCUCAACCCCACCUGGAAUGAGAUGUAUGAGGUGAUUCUGAAUCCUGACCCCAAUCUAGAAGUGAAGUUUGAGCUUUACGACAAAGACAUUGACUCUGAUGACUUCCUUGGAAGAUUCAAAAUUAAGCUUGGAGAUAUUAUUAAAUCCCAGUACAAUGAUGAGUGGUUUUCUCUAAAUGAUGUGAAACAUGGCCGUCUACAUCUGGUUCUUGAGUGGCUGCCCACAGUAACGCAAACAGACAAACUACAGCAGGUGCUGCAGAUGCAAAGUUUCCAGUCAAACCAGAAUAAAACUGUCCCUUCAUCCGCCCUGCUGUUUGUCCUUAUUGAGAGAGCACAUGCACUGCCUUUGAAGAAGAGUGGGAAGGAACCUAAAGUUGGAGCUGAACUUGUGCUUGAAGGAACCUCUUACAAAACAAAGGUGUGUGACCGCUCAACAUCCCCUCAGUUUCAUGAAGCAUUUCAUUUCCUGGUUCAAGACCCCAACAAAGACAUGCUUGUUAUUAAACUCUCUAGUGGGUGGGAUCAGCCACUGGGUUCCCUGGUUCUACCAAUUAGAGAGCUUCUCUCUCAGCCAGAGCUUAUGCUGGACCAAUGGCUCAGCUUAGAUGGAGCUUUAGCUGAGAGUCAGAUUCUACUGAGGGCAGAACUCAAGAUCCUGAACUCUAAGAUGGCAGCACUUGUGGCACUUGGUGCUGGUCCUGUCUUAAGUAAUAAGCAGAUGCCCACCACUGGACAGAUCAGAAUUUCUCUGUCCUAUCAGACAAAACUUACUGUGAUCAUUCAUGGCUGCAGAGGCCUGGUGACAUCAUCAAAAGAAGGUGUAGACACUUACAUCUCUCUGAUUCUGCUGCCUGAUAAAAGCAAAGCCACGAAGAGAAAGACUGCUGUUAAGAAGAAAGAUCUGAAUCCUGAGUUUAAUGAGAGGUUUGAGUUUGACAUGAAUGUGGAAGAUGCUCGGCAGCGAGUACUCAGUGUGUGUGUAAAGCACAGCUUGUCCUUCAUGAGUCGAGACAAAGACAUCAUUGGUCAGGCAGAAAUUGAUCUGGCACAGAUUGACUUUCUCUCAGGUGUUGCAGAAUGGUUUGACUUAAAAGAUCACAACUAGCUGGAGUGUGUGAAGUUUGAGACCUUUUCUCAAAGUGGCAAUACCCGGUCAUCAAUUCAACUGUCUCCACAGAUGCCUUGCUGAAACAUAAUUUUCCAUCUCCCCUUUUCUUUUACUGCAGCUGAUAUCUUUAGGGCACUAGGUUUACUGAAAUUGAAAAAUCGAUGAUGGAAUCAGUAUUACUUAUGGAUAGAGCUUUGUUAAAGUUUAUUGAAGUUUAUUGGCGAGACAUAAGUGGUAUUCCAGGAAAUGUAAUAUAUCUACAUUGAUUUUAUAAUUGCCACUAUCUAAUUAUGCAGUUGGCCAACGAUGCAAAUUGACAUAAUGAUUGUGUUUGAUUAUGCAAUGAUGAAUGUUUCAGAUGUUAAUGUCACUUUGUUAUUCCUACACUGAGCAUUUUUCUAGUUUCAAGUUUAAACCAUGCUAGCCUCUUUUACUUUGAUCUACAAACUUCUUGUGUGUAUCCAAACGUAUUUAGUUACGCUGCUAUAAUAAUGAGUUUUACUGUCAAAAGCUUAUGGAGUUAUCAAAUUUUUUUUCACUGUUAAGCAAAAUUAAAUAAAAAAUAAUAAGUUGACAAACACCCAUGUAAACUUCUGCACACACUUCUGUAAAUGUUUGCAGAUAAAUUAAGUAGUUUAAAAAAGCAUUUUCAUUGGCCUCCAUUAUAAUAAUAUGACAUUGUAAGUCUGACCAAUACCAGGGCUACAUUACAAUACAGUUACUGUUUUUAUACAGUUGUUGACAACCUCUAUUUGACUUCCUCCUGCCCACUUCAGUAUUUUACUAGCCAAGUAAAAUUCAUUCUGAAAUUCGGAAGUUUGGACAGAACGGUUAUAAGUGUAUAAUUGUGUUCUAAUUGUUUUUUUUUGUGAUCACCUAAUCGCACAUCGCAGACAGCAUUAUUUAAUUCUGCCAGAUGUUAACAAGAUGGGUAUCACUAUCUAUUUAGCUAGUUUGCAAAGUUAUAUUAAAACAGUUUAAAUUGAUUCUACUAAUUGCUAAGGAAAUUGCUUUGUGUUUAUCGCGAAGGGCAGGAGUGUUCAGAUGUCUCCACUAUACCCCUUGUGCUGCAUAUGCCAACUCGUGCAAUAUGAACUCACAAUCCACUUUAUUAGGAACACCUUUACACAUGGUCAUUUAUGCAGGUAUCUAAUCAGCCAAUCAUUUGGCAGAAUGCAUAAAAUCAUGCAGAUACAGGUCAAAAGCUUCAGUUAAUGUUCACAUCACACAUUAGAAGCUGGAAAAUGUUUCCAGUCUUCAUCUGCCCAGGUUGGGUGAGUCUGUGCCUAUGAUGGCCUCAGAGUCUUGUUCUGCUCUUGUAGCCCAGCCACCUCAAACUUUGAUGUGUUGUGCCAUCUGAGAUGCUUUUCCGCUCACCACGGUUGUCGAGUGAUUAUUGGAGUUACUACAGACUUCCUGUCAGUUCAGAUCAGUCUGGUCCUUCUCCUCUGAUCAUCAUGUUGUGGGCGAAAAUCCCAGGAGAUCAGCAAUUUCUGAAAUACUCAAACCAGCCCAUCUGGCACCAGCAAGCACGCCAUAGUUAAAGUCACAGAGAUCACACUUUUGAUGUUUGAUGUGAACAUUAACUAAAGCUCUUGACGUGUAUCUGCAUGACUUUAUGCAUUCUGGUGCUGCCACAGGUUGAUUGGAUAACUGCAUGAAUGUGCAGGUGUACAGGUGUCCUAAUAAGUGGACGGUUAGUGUAGUUCAUAAGCAAAACUGAGUGGUGAGAGGAAAAUUAAAACUGAAAACCUAUAGAGUACUUCCAAUAGAUGUUCCAAGAGUUGUCUGACUACUAUUAAGGCCAUUAUUGCACAUUAAAUCAAUUAGAUUUACCACACAUAUAGGCUGCACUUCCAAAUUUUGGGGUUGUUUCCCAAAAACACCGUAGUGGUAAGAUCAUGUGGGGGGCCUGACUGUACCAAAUUGAUAUUAUUUACAGUGAAUGAGGAAACAUUUUUGAGAAUUCGGUUCUCAAUAUAAAAAUGCAAAAAUCAAGAAAAACGAACUUGGUGUGUUUCGGCCUUUUAGUCACUAGAAUGUUGUUAAUGCUUGCACUCAACCAUGAAUGGCCUUACAAUUACGUGCUACAAACUGCAUAUAUCUUUUUGCAUUUUAAUAUUUUGCUUAUUAUAUUUGAGUGAGUUUAUAACUUGGGAGAUAUGGAGAUGGACAUUUUAACAUUGGUCAGGUGGGACCCAUCAAAAUGUGUGUUUUGUAUGUAUUGUUGUAUAUGAUGCUCUUACUGAUGUUAAAAUCGUUCAGUUUCAUAGCAAUAGAUCAGGGACGUAUUCACAAAGAAUCUUUGGGCCAAGAGUAACUCUAACUUGAUGAUUUAGGAGAAACUCUUUAAAGAAAGGGGAAUGCUAAUCCCAAUAUUAAUCACAAAACAUUUUAGCACUAAAAAAAACAGGCCCUCUGGACUACAUCCAAGUCAAAAAGCUUUAAAUGGGUAAAGUAUGCUAUUGAACAUGCCAAUUUCAUACUACACAAAUAAAAAGGUCACGUUCUGGCAUGAAAUACAUUUUCUUUAAGAUGUUGGCAAAUUAUAAAAAAGGCGUGGAUACACUGGUGUAGUUGGCUGCACAAGUUUUUCUCAGCACUUUUGUGAAGAGGUUUUAAAGAGAACUCUUAUUAAUAAGAUUCUUUGUGAAUAUUGCAUUAAUUAGGAGGUAUACAUUUUGUUUUACCUACUCCCUUUGUUUGUUUUUAUUCUAUGAUGCAAAACUUGCUUGAAUGUAACUGCUGCAUAGAUGUACAUGAAAAAGCAAAACACCAAAGAAUGAAGCACUUCAAACAGUUACUAAUAGACUGCAUUUCUCACAGCUAUGCAUUGUUCAGUAUUUACUCUGCUUGCAAUCACCACAUUAAAAUGGCAAUAAAGUGCACACUUAUCCACCA